CAGCUCUCUCGCUCCAGCGAUGGGUCGGACUCCUUGCUGCGACAAAGCAGCUGUGAAGAAGGGGCCGUGGUCUCCCGACGAGGAUGUCCGGCUGCGAGAUUACAUCCAGCGCCAUGGCACGGGCGGCAACUGGAUCACUCUGCCUGGCAAAGCCGGCUUGAACCGCUGUGGGAAGAGCUGCCGGCUGCGAUGGGUGAAUUACCUCCGGCCGGAUAUCAAGCGCGGGAGUUUCACUCCCGAGGAAGAGAAGCGCAUUUGCGAUCUCCAUGCCAGCAUUGGCAGCAGGUGGUCGGUGAUUGCCGCUGAGCUCCCCGGUAGAACGGACAACGACAUAAAGAAUCACUGGAACACAAAGCUCAAGAAGAAAAAGCUCUCGCCUUUUCCGACUUCCAAGAACGCAUCGCCCAUGGCGGAGAGCUUGCAGAGAGCCAUGGAGGCGGUGAAGAAACCGGAGGCAGCGAUCAACGCCAAGAGCGACGAUCCACCUCGCAAAACGCGAUCGGGAAGAGCAAAACCACAGCCUGCCAGUGGCAGCGACGUUCUAGAAGAUCACCAAGAUCGACGAAGUUCUCACACUUCCAGUUCUUCCGCGAUCACUCCUGACACCAAAACCAACAAAGCGAGCAGCAGCAACAGCAGUACCAGCAGCGGCAUCACCACCGCUUUCCACGAGGAU